AUGACGGUUCAAGCGGCCAUCUGCGCCGUGCAAAGCAAGGGCGUCUGCUUGGCAGCCAGUUGGCCUUACGACCUCGAGAAGGUCAAUGAGAAGCCAACAGAGGAAUGCUUCAAAGAGGCUCUCAAGCACACGGUCCUGCAAUGCCACAAAGUAAGGGUGGAUGUUGACGACAUGCGCAGAUGCCUGGCGCAAGGCAAUCCAAUCAUUUGCGGCCUCAUGCUCACAGACCGCUUCUUCCGUCCAGGCCCGGGCGGCUUCAUUCCAACACCAGGAGAAAACGACCCAAGAGCGGCGCAACAUGGCAUGCAUGCUUUGCUGAUCGUGGGGUACAAUGAUCGCCAGCAGGUCUUCAUCGUCCGAAACAGCUGGGGGGCAUGGUGGGGGGACAACGGGUAUUGCUACUUGAACUAUGACUAUGCCGGCAGCCCGGUCUUCAAUGCCUGCUUCCAGUAUGCCAUCACCGCUGUGAAGGGUGUAGACUUCACUCCAGACCCCGAUGACGGCGUGGAUGCGAACUUGGAGGACAACGGCGAAGACCCGGAGAUUGAAGAAGAGGAAGUGGACGAGGAGGAGGAUGUGGAGGAUGGCUGGGACUUCUCUGAGGAGUUCAAGGGCGACAAGCUGGUGAGGGAAUUGUUCAUCGGAAACGACGGUGUGCUCCCCCACACCAGCUUCGAAAUGAUGAUGCUGAAUUUCGCCAAACGUGAGGCAGGGAAGACCUUCAACUACUUUGAGUUCGCGCAAUGGAUGUAUGAACCGGAGCAGUACGACAAGAAUGAUUGGACGCCGAAGGACUUCCAAGAGGUCGUCACGAAGUUUGUCAAGGAAGACUUCGCCACGGCGUUCCCCGGGUUGGCAUUCUUGAAAGACGACCCCUUGUUCAACCAGGGGGGUGUUUUCAGUCCUUACGCAAUGUGA